ACUGCUAGUUGCCCUAGUUAUGUAAAGAUUGCCUCAUGCCAUGCUUGUGGGAUGUCAGCAAAAACCUCUUUUUGCUGGCAUUACGGAAGCUUAGGUGGGGGGCAGUGCGGACUGACGAAAGGGGCAGUCGGUACUAACUAGGGACAGGGAGAAGGAAAAAAGUGAGAGAAGUGAAGUGACGCACCGUACCCCCUAAGGAUGGAAUUUGUAAUGCUGUUCGCUAUCUUACUAAUCAGUCAAAAUUCUUGCGUUGGAGGACAAAUAGAAGUGUCGGCAGGAGCAUUCUGGAGGCCCCUUGUGGAGACUUUGAAUUACGAGGCAACCAUACCAAUAAAGUAUACAAUGGCGUGGUUCAAACCACAAACAAACAGUACGGGCACAUCAAAACAAUGUAGUGGCGAUCACAAUUGCGAGCUGGCGACCGCUAUGCACCAGUUAAUGGAAGCGGUUGACGGCGAGCUGGAACCACAAGAGUCGGAAGAAGGAUGGCAGCUUUUUGAAGAUCAACAGCACAGAGAAAAACGCAGCCUGGAUUUUCUAGGAGAGGGACUGGCUUGGUGUUGCGGCGUUGCAACACAACACAAACUAGACUCGCUGCACAUGGAAGAAAGGGCUUUACAGAAAAAACUUCGACAAUUGGAGGGGGGCCUAUCUGAAAAUAUCAAAACGCUAAGUCAAAAUUCUGUGGAAUUUAAAAAAUAUACAGAUCAGGUCGGGGAGGCUUUUAAAUCCACGGAGAGGAGGAUUAAAGAAAUGGAAAAAUCCAUCACAAAUUUUAGGAACAAGACGAAUGAAUGGGAAGGAUUUUUCGGUACUUUAAUAGAAAAUCAAUUUCAGAAUACUAGACGUAUCGUAACAAUGUGGCGCGCGUUGGAACAAAGGGACGUAAAACUGUCAUGUCGACAACACCAAAUACCAGAAAAGGUGUUGCGGCCCCAACUUUUUCAAGCGAACUUAAUGGAACUUCAAAAGGAAUUAAUCAAAGCAGGUCACGAUUUAGCUAUUGCUGUCACGGAUAUACACAGGUAUUAUCAGUUACCAAUAACAGAUUGUGUAAUUUCAGGUAAUAACAUAACACUGGUAGUACGAGUGCCCAUCGUACAACAGGGCAUUAGGUGGAGUUUGUUUGAGCUCAUAACUGCACCCUUCAGUUGGUACAAUCAGAGUUGCAGAAUAGAGUACAGCACCUUGUUUUUGGCGGUGGCAGAAGCUCCCUACACUAGACACCGGAGGCACAAUUUGUACCGACAAAUUUCUGGUUUGGGGUUGCAUCAGUGCAGGCCGCACUCCGACAAACUGUGCUUUCUUCCUCGAUUCGGAGAGGAUAAACUUCAUGGGCCUACGUGUGCACGAAAAUUAUAUGAAGGUGCGACAGUGGAGGAAUUAAGUUAUCACUGCCCCAUGAAAUGUCACGCAUCGACAUCGCUUACCAUCACAGAAGUCGAGGAGGAUUUAUUUAUAAUAACAAAUUUAAAGGUUCUGGAACCGGGUCUGGCAACGGGAGACACCUACCAUACAUAAGGCGUUCUUGCUCGAGACAGAACCAGCAUGGAAAAAAAAAAAAAGGGCCCUGACAUCACUCUCGCAUACGACGCUCUCGUUCGAGAACCAAGCUUCUACGACGACGAGUUCUCCUUAAAGAAGACUCCAGUUAACAAGACUGGACUCAUAGUGGUUGAGUUUUGCCAAAAAGGAAAUGGUGGUGAACGGGACUUCGGCCAGUAAGCAGGGACGUUAAAAUAGCGCUCAUCAACUGCUGCAAUUAGUAAGAGAGUGCCGCUUGUCGCGAGAGAUUUUAAAAUAGUUGCUUCAAAAGAUAAAUACCUUAAAUCAAUUUUUGUCUUAUUCAAGUGUGUAAAAUGUUGGUAGGGUCUUCCUGGGUAUGUCGACCAGAAGAAUGUAAUUUUGUAUUGUUGGGUAUCUUUGUUAUUGUAGUAAAGUAAAGUAGGAGUGAAGUCUAAUAUGAUUGUAUAUUUUAUAGGGUUGUGUUUGCAAAAUGGAUAAUUUGUGGCUAUGUACGUUUUAUGCAUUGUAUUAGUUAAGAGAUAUCUGUUUGUAAAACACUGGAGGUCCAGUGUUCCUUAAGGGGGGAGAUGUGUCACGGAACUGCUAGUUGCCCUAGUUAUGUAAAGAUUGCCUCAUGCCAUGCUUGUGGGAUGUCAGCAAAAACCUCUUUUUGCUGGCAUUACGGAAGCUUAGGUGGGGGGCAGUGCGGACUGACGAAAGGGGCAGUCGGUACUAACUAGGGACAGGGAGAAGGAAAAAAGUGAGAGAAGUGAAGUGACGCACCGUACCCCCUAAGGAUGGAAUUUGUAAUGUAAGUUGAAAUAUAUUUAGUUUAUUUAAUGUA